UGAAGCACUUCACGUUUCGAAAGAGCAGGAGUGUCGUCUCACACUGAUGACGUGUACAUUCUGUGUUUACUGCUCGUUGCGGAUAAAAAUCGGCUAAACCUAGCUUCUUAUCGUCUAACAGGCAGGGAUCUUGCAUGGAGUGAGUGUUGUGCCCCAGUGAGAUGACAGACCAGGGCAACAACAAUCAGAACAUCUCCUGCAACCCCUUUGCUGCCCUCUUCAGCUCACUCGCAGAUGCCAAACAGUUUGCAUCUGGACAGAAACCGCAGCAGCAAUCUGCUCAGCAACCUUUGGAGGACUCUGGAGACAGCCAGUCGGAGUCAGAAAACUCUGUGUCAGACAGCGUCGAUGACAAUGACGACUCCGUUGCAGAGAUCAGCCGCUCAUUCCGGUCCCGGCAGGAGCUGUGCGAACAACUCAAUGUCAAUCACAUGAUCCAGAGGAUAUUUCUGAUCACUCUGGACAACAGUGAUCCCAGUCUGAGAGGAGGUAACGGGAUCCCUCCACGAUGCGUUUACUUGGAGGAGAUGGCAGCAGAUCUGGACGGGCAGGACUGGCUGGACAUGGACAACAUAGAGCAGGCUCUGUUUAACCGCCUUCUGCUGCUGGAGCCAGGAAAUCAUCUCAUUUACAUGACGUCAUGCAGCGCGGUGAACCUGUCAGCCGACCGGGAUGCUGGGGAGAAAUGUGCUGUCCCUUAUCUGUUUGCUUGUUACCAGAGGGCUAAGGAAGAGGUGAAGAAGGUGCCUGAGAAGUUACACUCGUUUGCUGAUCGCUGCAAAACCCUCACGGUUUCAAACACGCGGACGGUUCUGCUCACUCCGGAGAUCUACGUUAACCAGAAUGUUUAUGAGCAGCUUCUGGACCUCCUGCUGGAGGGCAUACGGGGAGCACAGCCAGAGGAGGUGGUUGAGUUUGUAGAAGAGGUCAUUAGUGGCCUGCUUUCCGACCAGGAGGUGCGAUCCUUUCACGAGGUGCUAGUUCCAGUUCUAGAUAUCUUCCAGGGCCGCGUCAAAGACCUGGACCUUUGUCAGCCUCUCCUCUACUCCUACCUAGAUGUUCUCCUGUAUUUCAGCCACCAUAAAGAUAUAUCUAAGGUGUUGGUGGAACACAUCCAACCAAAAGACCCGUCUAAUGGUUUGCAGUAUCAGAAGAGCCUAAUUGGGACAUUAUUGAGUAUAUCGUGCUUACUAAAAACCCCCGGUGUAGUAGAAGGACACGGCUACUUCCUGAACCCCUCACGCUCCAGCGCCCAGGAGACAAAAGUUCAGGAGGCAAACAUCCAUCAAUUUAUGGGUCAGUUUCAUGACAAGCUGCACCAGGUCUUCAAAAACCUGCUCCAGCGUUCGGUUGAGACCCGCCACCUCCUGCUCACGUGGCUGGGAAACUGCUUGCAGGCCAACGCCGGGCGCGCCAAGAUCUGGGCCAAUCAGAUGCCAGAGAUAUUCUUUCAAAUGUACGCUUCCGAUGCGUUUUUCCUGAACCUGGGCGCCGUUCUGCUCAAGCUGUGCCAGCCGUUCUGCAAGCCGCGCUCACCCAAGCUGCUCACCUUCAACCCCACCUACUGUGCGUUCAAAGACCUGAGCGAAGAGGAGAGACGCAACCGUAGCAUCCACGCUAGAGGUCUUGACAAAGAGACCUGCCUGAUCCCCGUGCCGCCCCAGCAGCAGGUAGAGCCUGCACAGUCCUACAGCCUGCUGACCGAAAACCUCAUUUUCACACAGCUCACCAUGUACCUGGGCUUCCACAGACUCCAUGAUCAGAUGGUCAAGAUGAACCAGUCUCUUCACCGGGUUCAGGUGACGUGCCAGGAAGCCCAGCGGACCGGCAACCCGAUGACGGAGCAGCUCUUGGAGCAGUUCGAGCGCCUGAUGACUGUUUAUCUGUCAACCAAAGCUGCCACCACGCAGCCCGUGAUGCUGCAAUGCUGCCUUAACCUCCAAGCUUCCACUGCUGCGCUGCUCGUUCAGAUCAGUAUGGGAAACCAGGGGCCCGAUCAUGUAGCACUCUGCUUUCCCCUGCCCUCGCUGAGGAGUAACAUGCUCUGCUAUAUACCAGAGUUUUUUGCAGAAAACUUGGGAGACUUUUUCAUAUUUUUGCGUCGGUUCGCUGACGAUGUGUUGGAGACUUCUGCAGAGAGCUUGGAGCAAAUUCUUAACUUCAUUACAGUCUUCAUGGGUAAUGUGGAGAGGAUGAAGAACCCUCAUUUACGAGCAAAGCUGGCAGAAGUCCUGGAGGCGGUCAUGCCUCACAUGGAGCCUCUGGCUCCUGGUGCUGCUCAGCCCAUCGUGUUCCAAAGAGAGCGAGUCUUCUGCUCCUACAGACAUGCACCUCAGCUGGCUGAGGCCAUCAUCACUGUGUUUGUUGACAUUGAAUUCACAGGAGAUCCUCAUCAGUUUGAACAGAAGUUUAACUACCGAAGACCCAUGUAUCCCAUUCUGAAAUAUAUGUGGAGCAAAGAAAACUACAGAGAGAGCAUUAAGCAUUUAGCAAACUAUGCAUCAGAGAACCUGGAGGCCAUGAACCCUCCACUGUUUCUCAGGUUCCUCAACUUACUCAUGAAUGAUGCCAUCUUCCUAUUGGAUGAAGCUAUUCAGUACCUGAGUAAAAUCAAAAUUCUUCAGCUGGAGUGGGAUCGAGGGGAGUGGGAGGGCCUGCCCCCAGAUGCCCGAAGAGAGAAGGAGUCGAGCCUCCAGAUGUUUGGACAGCUGGGUCGCUUCCACAACAUCAUGUCUAAUGAGACCAUAGGGACGCUGGCCUUCCUCACCUCAGAGAUCCGGGGCAUCUUUGUGCACCCCUUCCUGGCUGAGAGGAUUAUCUCCAUGCUAAACUACUUCCUGCAACACCUGGUGGGUCCGAAGAUGGGCGCCCUUAAAGUCAAGGACUUCAGUGAAUUUGACUUCAAGCCACAGCAGCUGGUUUCAGACAUCUGCACCAUCUACCUGAACCUGGGAGAUGAGGAGAAUUUCUGCGCCACAGUUCCGAAGGAUGGAAGGUCGUAUUCUCCUACGCUCUUCUCCCAGACGCUCCGUGUGCUGAAGAAGAUCAACAAACCCGGAGACAUGAUUGUAGCAUUUGGUCUCCUUGCAGAUAAAAUAAAGUCGCAUGCAGACAGGCAGCAGCAGGAAGAGGAAACGUAUGCAGAUGCUCCAGAUGAGUUCCUGGACCCCAUCAUGUCCACCCUGAUGCUGGAUCCUGUUCUUCUCCCCUCCUCCAAUGUGACAGUGGACCGCUCCACUAUAGCUAGACAUCUUCUCAGUGAUCAGACUGAUCCUUUCAACCGCAGUCCUCUAACCAUGGACCAGAUCAGGCCAAACGAGGAACUUAAACAGCAAAUCUUACAGUGGUUAGAGAAACAUAAGCAGGAGAAGCAGCUGGGGCCCAGUGGCUAGUCCUGACCUCUCUUUGUGACUCUUAACAUGUCUUUGUUUUCCCUCCUGGCCCACAUGCUCUUCUGCUUUAUGGCAAUUUUUUUUUUUAAGAUUAUUUUUUUUUUCAGUCAGGCUAACAUUAGUUUAGCCUUUUCACCUUGCGCUCAUGCUCUCAGGAUCAUCUUAGCAUCAGCAGUCCAGGUAAGCUUCCGCUCAUCUGCUGGUUACAACCUCCAAAUCAAGUCUCAGUGACGGCAACACGGCUACGGUUCUCUGUCCUAAACGCCUGAUCAACUCCCAGAUUUUGUAACGCAAAGUAAGUAUUUUUAGAAGUCAGAAUAAGGACGCUGUUGUUAUUUCCACUUGUUUUUCAUCAUAUGCUGCUUUUCGCUGCAAAUGUAUGCACUCUUGGUCAUAUUUUAAAGCAGCAUGCUUCUUUUAAACGCUGAAUGAGCCCUUAACCAAAAUGAACUGGAACUAUAUGCUCUUUCAUUGUAAAUAUUCUACAUCAAACCGGAGCUCCUACCAUUAUUGUUCCGUCUAUUUUUAACGUGCAUACAAGGAGUUUGACAUAUGAACAACUACUGUACUUCAAGAGAUUGUUUAAACUAGAUUUUCAGUUGCUUACACAUGAAGUCAGAAGCGACAUCUGAAAACGGUUUUGUGACAGCGAUGCCCAGUGCAAACUUGGAACUGUUCUCCGAAGCUUAAAAUACAUGCAAACUGACAGUUUAAUGAUAGCUCCAGCAAACAUUAAAGUCUGAGCAUGAAAGUGACAAUUUUUGCUUAAGCACCAUCAAGAAUUUGACGUUUUGUAAGGUUGUUUCAGAGCUGCUAUCGGAGGCUUACACGAUCACUUGUGAGUUUGUGAUAGAGAAGAAGAAGAUGAAGUAAUAACAAAUACCAGUGACUCUGGGAAGAUGCUUUGAUCAAUGUGGUUUUCACUCUCAAAACACAUGGACAUUUUUCUUUGUCAUCCAUGUAUGGGGUAAAAAAAGCAGGUAGCCUAUAAAGUCACAGAUUUUGGGUUCUGACUGGUUUCAGAUUCUUGAUUUGUUUAAUUUCUUCCAUUGAAGGUCCUAUUUUAGGGUGUUGGAGAUGACCACAUUUCCUCAUAUUAAUAAAUAAAUGGUGCAAUCAUCUUUCAGCCCGUCGGUCAUCCUUUCUUCUUAAGUUUUGCGAGAUGGUGGCUGAUGUGUUCUAAUGAGGAAAAGGACGUCUUUAUGUGGGCAAACAUCUAAACAGUAGUAUCUGUGCCUAAAACCCAUAGCCUUCCUGUAAAAUCAGCAAAUAAAAACUUGAUUUGUUUCUUCUUAACUUUAUUUUUUGUUUCAUUGAAUAAAUGGAUCUAAUGAAGUAAUAGAAAUGCAUAUGUUGAUGAUGUUUUGUGAAGAAGUGUUUUGAAUUAAAGGGGUUUCAUAAGUGAGCUGUGAUGGGAUGUCUUCGGCAUGCUCUCAUUCUGUUGGGAAAAUAUAAAAUGUACUCUCUAAUGAUCACACUGUUCGAUUAAAAUCAUUUCCCUUUUUGACUUUUUUUCUUGUGAUUGUAUUAAGUUUACAUUUGAUGUACAGUGUAAUUAUGAAAUAAUCUCAUGUAUGUAAUUAAAGAUAUUUUGCUUUCUCUCA